GAGGAAGUUUGCAGAGCAACAUGGAGACAGCACAUCUGUUUGGAAGUGAAAGAGCCAGAAUUUGAACCCAUGAGAGACAAGAUGUUUCCAUUGGAUACAGCAUUUUAGGCACAGGAAUAUUUUCUCAAGGACAAACCUCAAUGAUAACAACAAUAAAAUGAGUCCACAUGAGAUAAUACUAUGAUUCACCAGAAUAUGUCCAACAUCUGUUUCCGUUGUUGGGAAGCAACCUAAGGGGCCAAAAUGUAACAAAUUAGCCUAACUCUCCUGAAGGGUUGGGCUUCCCCACUACCCAGAACACAGAGUGUUUAACCAGAUCAUCUAUAAACAUCACCCAAGAGUGAGAAUUCCUCCAUGAACAGCCAGCAUCCAGUCCUGCCAUGGCGCAAGCUCCUGAUUCGUUUUCGAAGGAAAUUAUUUACCCCUCUCACUCUCGGGGUUCCAGCAGUGACAUCAGCACUGCUCACCGCCUUCUGCUGAGCAAACAGAACCGGCUGAUGAAUGGGAACCACCAAGGCAUCCGCACCUCAUCCCCCAUGGGAAGAGUUAUCCUCAUUAACUCACCCAUUGAAGCUAACAGCGAUGAGAGUGAUGCCAUCAUUGCCAUUACGGUGGAGAAGAGCACACAUGGGAAGCUGGGUUUCAGCGUGCGUGGAGGCUCAGAGCAUGGCCUGGGUAUUUUUGUCAGCAAAGUGGAGGAAGGCAGCAGUUCAGAACUGGCUGGGCUGCGUGUUGGAGAUAAAAUCACAGAGGUGAACAGUGUGAGCUUGGAGAGCAUUACAAUGGGGAGUGCAGUCAAAGUCCUGACAGGGAAUAACCGGCUGCGGAUGAUCGUGAGACGCAUGGGCAAGGUGCCCGGGAUAAAGUUCUCCAGAGAAAAGACCACAUGGGUUGAUGUGGUAAACAGACGCCUGGUUGUGGAGAGGAGCGGUUCAACGCCAUCAGACACCAGUUCCGAGAUUGGAAGGCGGAGGAUUGUCCACCUCUACACCACCUCUGAUGACUACUGCUUGGGUUUCAACAUUCGCGGGGGAAGGGAGUACGGCCUUGGUAUCUAUGUCUCCAAAGUGGAUCCCUGUGGGCUGGCUGAUCAAAAUGGAAUCAAAGUCGGUGACCAAGUCCUUGCAGCCAACGGAGUCAAGUUUGACGACAUCAGCCAUAGCAAGGCAGUAGAAGUGCUAAAGGGGCAGACUCACAUCAUGCUGACCAUCAAGGAAGCAGGGAGGUUCCCGGCAUACAAGGAAAUGGUGGCCGAGUACUGCUGGCUCAACAGAUUGACCAAUGGCCAGCUACAGCAGUUGUCGCACACCUCGGAAUCCAGCUCAUCCGUGUCAUCCUACUCCUCAGGGACCCCCUUCAGCUCCAUGAAUGGCCUAUACAUGGCCCCAAUUCCCAACUCAGCUCAAAGCUGCAUGGUGGAUGUUGGCAUCUCCACUGAGGAGUUGCCAGUCCGGAGCCGUUCCUUGGAGAAGACAGAGACUGCUAUGCAGACGGACCCCCCCUCUGACGGGGUCUCCUUUUCAGGGAGCCUGGUGACCGAGACCCGCCGGAUUGUGCGGCCCAUGGAAAUCCUAAAGGACACAGCCAUCCGCACAGAGAGUCUGAAAGAGUCUGCCUUCCACCUGAAGAAGCAUCGGCCUUUCACCAGCAAAGACACCACGGACCCCUCCCCCAAAACGGCGCUCCUUCUGGCACUCAGCCAUCCGCGACAGCCCAUCAAGAGAUCACAGAGCUAUCUGACCAUCUGCGAGGAGAAACGCCAGAGGAAGAAGGAGAAGCCAGCAGCCCCAGAGAAGAAGGUCACACUCCAACGCUCCAAAACCUUCAUGAACCUGUUCUUUAAGGGUACUCGGUCAGGGAAGCAAAGCUCGGCAGCUGGGUCACCCGAGUUACAGAGACGAACCAAGUCCCCAGCACGGUCUGAGGGGGAGAAAGAAAAAGGUCAUUUUUUCACCUCACUGGCUGUGAAGGAUUCCAUGCUCUCGUUCCCCCAGCACAAUGGCAGCGAGCACAGCUCAGCCACAGAGAGCCACUUGCUACUUAUUGAAGCCAUGGCCAGGAAGCUGCUGAUGGAGGAUGAGGUGGCAGCUGUACUGAGACACUGCUCCCGGUAUAUCCAUGAAGGUGGUGUGGAAGACCUGGUGAGGCCACUGCUGGCGAUUCUGGACCGGCCUGAGAAGUUGCUGCUGCUCAGAGAUAUCAGGAGUGUGAUUACCCCUACAGAUCUGGGCCGCUUUGACAGCAUGGUCAUGCCCAUGGAGCUGGAAGCCUAUGAUGCGCUGAAGAGUAGAACAGUGAGGUCGCCUGCUCUCCGUCCAGCACAGCAUGAAACACCUCCUAAGAGACACCUUAUCACCCCAGUGCCUGAUUUCAGGGGCGGCUUCCUUCUGAAGCCAGUAACCAAUGAGAAGGGAGAGGAAGAGGAGGAAGAGAUGACGGCGGUGAAGGAUGGGAUGACAAGACUCCAGCUCACUCCCAGCCCCAGACGGACUCACUCUCGAAGCUACACCCCUCUUCCUGAUGUGCCAGUGGAUGCUUACGCUUCCCAUAGUGCCUCCUCCUCAGUGGCUAGUGGGAAGCAGCCGAACUGGUUUCUGUCUAAGUCCACAAAAACAUCAGUGAGCCCCCGACACACAGUGUCUGCUCAGGAAACAUCAGGGCAAACCCUGGAGCAAGGGGAUGGACGACCCGGCCGAGGGAGGCCUCGUACACCAAAGUCAAGCCACAGCAAGGCUGCUGCGUGGGGGUCACAGGGAGAAGCCCAGCACAACAAGGAUACCCUGUACUCUGUGAUCAACAGACCACGCAGAGCUCGGCCUCAGCUCUCGCAGCUCUUCAAGGAGACCCCACCUGCUGGCAAGGUGGGAAGAGCAGAGAAAGGAGAUGCAGACCCAGAUGUUCUGCUCCAAAAUGGGCCCAAUGACUUUGAGGAAGAGUACGAGCUAGUGACUGUCAGUCUGUCCAAGAACAAGCAGUCGUUGGGGAUUAGCAUUUCAGGUGGAAUAGAAUCCAAAGUCCAGCCAAUGGUGAAGAUUGAGAAGAUCUUUCCUGGAGGAGCAGCAUUCCUGAGUGGAGAGCUGGAGGCUGGCUAUGAGCUGGUUGCAGUGGAGGGAGAAAGCCUGCAGAACGUAACCCACCAGCGAGCCGUGAACAUCAUCCGCCAGGCCUAUCGCAACAAAGCCAAGGAGCCUAUGAAUAUUGUGGUGAAGGUGCCGAAGAAAAAGUAAAGCCGUGGACAAAACAACUUGCCCUGAAGAACAAGGCUGGCUCAGAAAUUAGGAAGAGCUCCAAGCCCCAGUGUCAGCUGAGGGUUUAUUGUAUCUACCUAUUACUCAGAAAGGUAACUGCACCAAGGAAGCAAACUAUCAGCUGGGCUAAUUGCGAACCACUCAGCAACCUGGAGGCUUAAUGGAGAAAGCUUCCCAUUGCCAGGGGGCACGGUUGGAGCAGAACCAGAGAAAUGCAGAACAGCGCCUGGUCCAGAACAAGCAUCGACAGAGGCACACUCACAAAUAUCAGGUGUUUUGGUUUAGGAAUCUACAAAACAGUUGCUAAUGAACAACUGUAAGUGGGACAGCUGCUACAAAGACCCAUCACUUUGUAGCAAACUUCCUGCUUAGGUGAACAAACAUCUAUGAGGGGUGACAAAAGGAAGCCCCUGUUGAACGGGGGGGGGGAUUGCUUUGUCACCCAAAACUGUGUGACUCCUAUGAGUGGGUGUUUUUGGACAGCAAGCUCAACCCCAGCUAAUGGGAGCUUGGAGGAAGGGCUAAGAAGAGAUAUUGGUACCUAUGAUUGGCACCUAGUCAGCUUUAAUCCUGCCUGACCAAUUUUUGGACACCUGGCUAACUCAGACUCCGCAGUAACACAGUUUUAAGCUGCAUACAUCUGCAAGGGAGAAGUAGAUCGUUUUUCCUCUCUAGAAGAGAUGACAAUCUGAGGUCCAGGGAGAGUUUAAAAAGUGCAACGUUGGAAAUAUUUUCACUCUUUCUUCCAGCAAAAUUAUAAUGGCAGCAGAACGUGAGGAUUAAACAAAUGUCAGGGUGGUCAUUAUUUCCGUCAUGCCUUAGAGCCACUCUAAUGACCAUGCAGAGGACAGAGCCAGAGAAAAUGGAACAUCCUGCUCUCUGUAGCCUUCUCUGAACCACAGAUGGUGAGGGAUUGCAGAGGAUCUCCAGCCUGGAUUUAUGGGUGUCCUAAAGGAUGUUUUCAAGCAUAUGUCCUCUCUUAUUUAAUGGAGAGGGCCUGCUCCAGGAAAUGAAUCGUCUUGUUCUCUUCUCUCCCCUGAGCUGAUGCUGCCACUUUGGGUCAGAGAUCGCUCUAUGGAGCCAUUGCCAGGCUUCUUACAUGAUGCUGCCAUGUACAUUUUACAAGCCACUGAGUGAAGGUGGCGGUGCAGGAGGGCUUUUGGAUACAGUUUUUAUACAGCAACCAGAGCAGGGGUGUGUGAAUGCACUGUGGAUGGAAACCUCCCACUCUGCCUCAGUCGCCUGAUCCCUCUCCUCCUCCUCCAUCACAACAAUUGCAGCCCCUCACCCCCCAGCCCUCGCCCUCCCAUCCUCCCAGCCCUCACCCUGCUCCAUCAGACCACUAUGUGGCUUUUCUUAAACACAAAGGUAUGUCUUUUUUCUUUUUCUUUUUUUUUAAUUCACACAUUUCUUUAGGUUUGUACAAUAAAUUUACACAGCUUGGAAAAAUAUACAGUUUCAGAAAUAAAGAAAUAAAGAAAAACACAAAA